GCCAGCUUGUAAGCGCUCAGUCGUCGAGUUGGGCUGCUAGUGAGCAGACGUUCCAUUCUCUCUGCGGUUGUUCUCCUUCGUAAUUCGUUUCUCGCCAACUUAACUGCACCUUCGCUCGACUGAGCCUUAGGCUUGUAUUUGACUAGUCGGUAUUUUUUUCGUUUCCUUCGGUGUUAUUACGCAGGAGUCCUUGCUGGUAGUUCGCAUUCCCCUCGAAUGUUUGACAUUACUUCACAGUCAUCGAACCAAGACACCAAUUUAUCCCGUGGCGCUAUUUGCCUCUAAUGCUGUCUGGAUGUGCCUCUCUGCAAGGAGCUUGAGGCAUUGUGAAUUUCUUCAAGACAGCUGAUACUACACCGUCAACGCCGCGCUGCUUUUUAAUCGCCAACCAAUAUGGCCGUCAUGUUAUCUUACUUCAAGCCGAGCGCCAUGUUUUUCCACCGGCGGAUGCUCAUCAGAGCCUCGCUGUUCCUCAACUUUUGUGUCUUGACUUACGUGGCCUUGCAAGCGGCCCAAAACAGUGGCAAUGGUGGCGGCAGUGGCUCGGGCGGAGGCGGUGGUGCUGGAGGGCUCAACCCCAUCUACUCGGACAAUGUCAACUUGCCGUCCGGCGUUCAAAUCGUUUACAACAGCAACGCCGAGACGGAAACGGCCGUCAGAGAAGCUCCGGCCUCCACCAAUGUCCUCCUGUCGUCAUCUCCGUCUCAGUUCUCCACGGUGGAGAUCGAAACGGAGGCCAGUUCGACGACCAGCGGCGACCAGCAACUGCCGGUCAGCAGCACUCUAACGGAGACAACGGACCCCCCUCGCCCGUCCGACCUGGGCAUCGACUGCCAGGAUCGCGAGCGGCAUUUCAGCUACUCCCAACGCGGAUCCUACUGGAUCCUCAACCACUACGUGCCUGCCGAGAAAGCCUACCACUGCAACGAGUCCAUCACGUACACGACUCACGGUGACAUCACCUUCCUGGACAACAUCGUUCCGCUCACCCGACGCUGGGACGGCCCGCUGUCGGUGGCCGUCUACACGCCGGGAAGCGACUACGAGUCGGCCAUUCGCAGCAUGGCCUACUUGCGCCAGUGUACGGGACCCGACAUUCGACAACGAGUUUCCUUCCAUCUCGUCCUGGAUGAGCGCCACUUCCCCACCGUUUUGCGCAAACUCCACUCGCAGCAAGGGCCGCCGACCACACGAUCACCGCUACAAACGUCGGCCGUCAACGGUCUCUCCACCGCUACGCCCGAGACGCAGGACAACAAGCGAGUCGUCAUGGCUCGUUCUUCCAACGGACAAGCUGUUCUCCGCGUCCGGCGCUCCUCGGAUUCAGGAUCAUCGAAUCAAGCCAGGGAAACGACGAUGGGGUCGAACAAUGUGGAAUUGGACAGCGACGGGCUACCGAUCGUCGACUGUGACCAACCGGCCCCUUGGUCAACGCCACCGCAGAAAACAUUCAAACAGACGAUGAAUCUGACAUACCCGGUGAACCUUUUACGGAACGUUGCUCGGCAGAAUGCCCCAACCCACUACAUCUUGGCGUCGGAUGCCGAAUUGUAUCCAAGUCUGGAUAUGGUACGACUUUUCUUUGACAUGUUGCGUCGCAACGAGUCGGUUCUCCACCUGGGUCGCCCCAAAGUCUUUGUCCUGCCAAUCUUCGAAGUCUAUCGCAAUCAGACCGUGCCAUCAUCAAAGACUGAACUGGUUGAGAAACUUAAGGCCGGACUAGCGGUUCCGUUCCACCAGAAAGUCUGCUCGUAUUGCCACUCUGUUCCGAAAUCGAAAGAAUGGUUGGUGGCCAACGUCACAGAUGGCCUGCACGUCUUCCACAUUGCCAAGCGACACAAGCCUUACCAGCGCUGGGAGCCCAUCUACAUCGGCACACAGGACGAUCCGCUCUACGACGAGCGACUCACGUGGGAAGGCAAAAGCGAUAAAAUGACGCAGGGUUACGCGUUGUGUGUGCUGGACUACGACUUUAUGAUAUUGGACAACGCCUUCUUGGUGCAUCGACCCGGUGUUAAAAUACCUCGUCGGGAGCCACUGCGGGAUGCCAUGGCUAAGAAACAGUCGGCCAUCAUCAGAUCGGCGAUCUACCGAGAGCUCAAAGUCCUUUACGGCCAAAACAGCAACUGCGUCCUAUAAAUUGGGUUGUGUGUGUGUGUGGUGUCAUUCAUUUAUUUGGAUUGUUGUACAUAAGGGAAUUUGGCAUCGAAGUUUUCCUUUUUUUUAAGAUUUUGAUGCCAGAACUGGCCAACUAUCCCUACGUUUUGCUUUCACGUUUUCUAUUUUUCAUAAUGCAAAAAACAAAAAAAUAACAAAAAAAAAAAAGACAAAAAAGCUUAUGUUCAUCUGUUUGAAUUAAAGGCGCUGUGUGACGAAGGAUUUAAUGGGUUGCUCAAAAGGAAAACAAGUUACAAUCCAGCCAAUAAAUGCUGAGUUUUGCGCCGUUACGUCCUGACAAUGAUUUCUGUUUACUUGCCUUGAGAAAUUGAUAUCGGUGCGCAAAACAAUUUGCUGUUUACUACAUAAUAAAAUGAUCGAGGGGCUGAAACCUUACCUUGGGCCUACCCGGUGCCUUUUCAAAUAUUUGAGGAAUCUUAUUAAAAAACGUAAAGGAAAUAAUUGAAAUACGCCACGCAGCGAAAUUAUUUCAUACAGUGCGACUGAAGGUGUGUGAUUACUGUGAUGUCAAGCCAUGAAAUAUAUUUAUCAGCGAAGGUUUUUCUCUCUGACAAAAAUAAAUCUACUUUUAACUCGA